AUGGCAUUGUCUUUGUUCGUCGGCGCAUUUGAAUUUUUCGUAACUCAGAGCGAGGGUUUGGAGCUACAGUCCUGCCGUCAGACAACUCUUCUGCUCGCAGAAGCGAUUUGCGAUCCCGAUAUUCUUCGAGCCAUCAAGAUACCGUUCGACGAUAAGGAGACUCAGUUCUUUGACAAUGGUUUCGAUGGUUUCCCGGCCUUCGGACUUCGGCCAGGUUCUGACGUGAAGUCCCCAUAUCGUAUAUUCAUUCCUGAGAAGCUGUACAGCGAGUUUUCCAUCGUCGCGACGGUGAGACCCAAUACUCGCGACGGAGGCUUCCUGUUCUCUGUCGUAAAUCCUCUGGAGACAGUGGUACAACUGGGAGUUCAGAUCACACCUUCGGGACCUUCACAACCCGGAAGCGUGAACAUCAGCCUCCUCUACACUGACGUGAACAGCCAUUUUGCUUCUCAAACUAUCGCUAGUUUCGUUGUGCCAUCGUUCGUGAAGAAGUGGACCAGAUUUGCUCUAAGCGUCACUGCAAACAACGUGACUCUGUUCUUCAACUGUCAGAAGUAUGAUACGGUCGUCACGAAGAGAAUUCCUCAGGAGCUGGUGUUCGAUUCUGCGUCAACGCUCUAUGUAGGUCAGGCUGGACCGAUCAUCAAAGGAGCUUUCGACGGGGCUCUACAAGAGCUGAAGCUGUAUGGAACGCCAUCUCUCGCCGAGGUCCAGUGUGACAACGCGUUCAAGGGGUUUGGCUCUGGUGACUUGCCCUCCGAAUUUGACAUCGACGAUGUGGAUCAGGAAGAAGGAGGUGAAGAUUCGAUACUCUCCAGUGGUGAAGGAAGUGGCAGAGGGGAAACUGGAGGUUUGUUGCCUCCCUUCCCCCCACCUCCCCCUGGUCCUAACGACUUUACAACUCGAGGUGUAAAAGGCGAUAAAGGAGAGAGAGGUCCGCGGGGUCCUCCAGGAGAGUCAAUACGUGGGCCUCCAGGACCUCCUGGCCCCCCUGGACCUCCAUAUUCUGGCAAUUCAGGGCUCAGUGACCUUUCUCCUGGAUCAGGAGAAGAUUUUCCUCUUCGUGGUGGAUUGAUGGGCCCUCCUGGACCUCCUGGUGUGUGUUCCUGCAACUUGACAACAUUCCUGAAUUCUCUGACACUACAGGAUGCAAUUCCAGGACCUCCAGGUGUUCCUGGUAUUGAUGGAAAGGCUGGACCACCAGGAACUUCAGGUCUUCCUGGGCCUCCUGGUGAAAGAGGUCCGCCUGGACCUCGAGGGGAUAAAGGAGACAGGGGAGAUCCAGGGUCACCAGGACCUGAAGGAAUUCAGGGAUCAAAGGGAGAACCAGGAAGGGAUGGUUUGCCAGGUAUACCAGGGUCUCCGGGACCCCCCGGGCUGCCGGGCAAGUCCGAGUUGUCAAACUAUGACCCAAAUUGGAAACCUAGGACGAUGUUUAAGGAAACGAUUUUGGGAUCUGGCUUGGGGUCAUCCCUUGGUAGGCCAGGUAGUCCUGGCCCAAAGGGUGAAACUGGAAUAGCUGGAAUGCCUGGAGUGCCUGGAGAGAGAGGAGUUCCUGGAAGCAAAGGAGAAAGAGGUGAUUCGGGACAGAAAGGACUUAAGGGUGACAGGGGACACCAAGGCCCUCAGGGAACUCAAGGUUUCAAAGGAGAACCUGGCUCACCGGGAAUAGAUGGGUUACCAGGCAUUCCAGGGGGAAAUGGACGAGAUGGAAGCAAAGGGCAGAAAGGUGAAGGAGGUGAGCCUGGGAAACAAGGGCCCCCUGGACCUCCAGGCCCCCCCACACUGCCUUUGUACCAUCCGGACGAAGGAGACUUCUCAGGAUCAGGAAUAGACACAACAGGACAAGGACUACUUCUGAAGGGAGACAAAGGUGAUUUAGGCUUGGAAGGUGAGAAAGGAGACACCGGGCCCAAAGGCGAGAAAGGAGACAGAGGCGGCAGUGGAUUGCCGGGUAUUCCGGGAGCCAAUGGCAUGCAGGGAUCAGCAGGUGAAAAGGGAGAACCAGGAGAGAUAGGAUCUCUAGGUUCAGCGGGUCCUCCUGGCAUGAAGGGUGAAAGAGGAGAAAGAGGCCCUCCUGGACCUACGACAAUCCCCGGUGUGGAUGGAGAGUACAUCACAGUCAAAGGAGAAAAGGGAGAUCACGGAAAGAGAGGUCGAAGGGGGAAAGCGGGACCACCGGGGCCACAGGGUCCUCCUGGGAAACCAGGGACAGUGGGAGAAAUGGGGAUGCCAGGAUGGAUGCAAUUAAAGGGCUCUCCGGGGCGACCUGGAGUUCCUGGUCUUCCUGGUCUUAAAGGCGAGAGAGGUGAACCAGGAGAACUACCAUUUAGCAUUAUGUCUAAAGGUGAAAAGGGAGACAAAGGUGAAAGAGGUCACCCUGGAAUUGGGCUUGUUGGUCCACCAGGUCCUCCUGGCUUACCAGGUCCAGUGACACACAGCGAACUUGAUACGAAUACCAAGUACAUUCCAGUGCCUGGACCUCCAGGACCUCCAGGAAAUCCAGGCCCCCCUGGUUCCCCAGGUGUGUCUCUGAUGGGUCAGAAGGGUGAGCCGGGUGCUCCCGGAUCAGGAAUUGGUAGAGGCAUUUUUGGCGACCCUUUAAUGACUGCCCCUCCUUCAGGUUUCACUCGACCAGGAAGUGUACGUGGAAGUUUGGAAGAAGUUAAGGCUCUGAGAGAAUUGAUGCAGCUCAAGGAUUUAAAGGAAAACUUAGGUUCGUCUGGAACUUUUGGAUCAUCUGGGAAAUCUUAUCCCACGGACAACGGACCGACUAAAAUAGUUCCAGGUGCUGUCACUUUUCAGAACGCGGAGGCCAUGACCAAAAUGUCUUCAGUAAGCCCAGUUGGGACUCUGGCAUACAUAAUUGAUGAAGAAGCACUUCUGGUCAGAGUCAACAGUGGUUGGCAGUAUAUUGCGUUGGGAGGUCUUCUGCCAAUCACAACACAGCCUCCACCAACAACAACGCCGCAGUCUGUUAAACCUCCAUUUGAAGCUUCCAAUUUAAUCAACACUAAACCUGUCCCAGUAGAAGGGCCCAGUUGGUAUCCAAGAAUGCUGAGAAUGGCUGCCUUGAAUGAGCCAUGUACAGGAGACAUGACAGGUGUAAGGGGAGCAGACUAUUCGUGCUAUCGAGAGUCUCGACGGGCGGGUCUACGUGGAACAUUCAGAGCUUUCCUGUCCUCCAGAGUACAGAACCUGGAUUCCAUAGUGCGUUUCUCUGACCGAGACCUGCCAGUUGUCAACACCAAGGGUGAAGUCUUGUUCAAUUCAUGGAAGGACUUGUUCAGUGGUGAUGGAGGUUACUUCUCUCAGCAGGCAAGAAUAUACAGUUUCAGUGGGAAAAAUAUACUUACCGACUUUGCAUGGCCACAGAAGAUAGUGUGGCAUGGUUCUCACCUGCUGGGUGAGAGGGCUAUGGAUACGUACUGCGAUGCGUGGCAUUCUGCUAGCACAGAUAAAGUAGGCCUUGCCUCUUCAUUGCUCAAGAAUAAACUUUUGGAUCAAGAGCGAUUCUCCUGCAACAAUAGGUUUGCAGUCCUAUGCAUUGAAGCCACAAGUCAGUUCUCA